AUGGAUAAUCCCAAGGCUGUUGGCAGCGAGAUAUCGAAGUUUUCUAGAAAAACUGAAUCCAUUGCGGCACCAAAAUCCUGGAAAGACGCAGAAACUCACUCAGUUGCAGCUAUUCGCAGCCCUUGGUAUCAAAACUUAUUCCAAGUUCAGAACACUUUAUUCCAUACCACAGCUGAGUAUUUUCAUGGCAACUGUAAAUACAGCUACGCCCUGGCUCCAUUGACAACUCAUUGUAUUUCGUAUCCAAUGUGGUUGGGGUCGGAUUCAGAACCAGUUGAUAUAAAUUUACACGGCCAAAAGACUUACCUUGCAGAUUCUAUGCAAUUCAACCUUGAAUACUUUCUGCGUUUCCUAAAUGGCUGUCCUGGGGUAUACUGCUUGUCUCCAAGUUUCCGUGGAGAAGACCCAGAUGCCACUCAUCUGAACCAGUUUUUCCAUGUUGAAUGUGAAUUACUGGGGAAAAUGGAGAACGCAAUCAAUGUCGCUGAAGGUUACCUCUAUCACUUGACAAAGAGCAUGCUGCAAUCUCACAGGGACUUCAUCCUGGCCACAGCAGGGACAACAGGACAUGUCGAGCAUCUCAUUGAUACUAUGGAGGCUGGGAAAUCAUUACCGCGAAUCACACUGGACCAGGCCAUCGCAAUGUUUCCAAGCGAAGACUGUUAUGAAGAGGUGGUCCCCGGUCGUAAAGAUAUGGGACAAAAGAUUACCCGAGAAGGAGAACGUUUUUUGAUAGAAAAAUUUGGAGGGGUUGUCUGGUUGACAGAGAUGGACCACAUGUCAGUUCCAUUUUAUCAAUGUUACACCGACAAAUCUCGCCGAAAAGGUAUGACCGCUGAUCUUUUGAUGGGUGUUGGGGAGACCCUCGGUCUUGGGGAACGUCAUGUAACAGCCACUGAAGUUGGGCAAGCUUUAGAACAUCACACCAUACAUCCCAAACCCUAUGAGUGGUAUAUGGAAAUGCGCAACGUGAAGCCAUUGAAGACCAGUGGUUGGGGCAUGGGAUCCGAGCGUUAUUUAUGCUGGCUGCUCAACCACGAUGAUGUUCGAGAUUUGCACAUCAUUCCAAGGAACAAGGGAAAGCAAUAUCUUCCUUGA